AUGAUCCGGACAAGAUUGGGGAUCAUUGCGCGAAAUUGGCAUAGAGAGAUUGUGAAAGCUAAAGGCAUCGUGGCGAGGAGGAGAGGAGAACCACCAAUAGAGGAAGCAUUGGCAAUAAGGAGCGCGUUGGAAAUGGCCACAAUUGCAGGGUGGACUACAAUAGAGGUCCAAUCUGAUUGCAAAUUUGUAGUGAGCCUAAUCAACUCAAGCAAUGUACAGGAUUGUAUGAUACAAACGGUCCUGGAAGACAUUGAAGACUUGAAGAAGAACUUUGAAUGCUGUUUGUUUUUGUUUAGUCCAAGGACUGCUAAUAGGUGUAGCCAUGCUUUGGCUCAAUUUGCAGUUAAGUCAGUUAGGAUAAUUGAAUGGGAGGGAACAUUCCCAUCUUGGUUAUCAGAAAUAGCUAGGAAGGAUAUGGGGGAUUUGUUUCUUGGAGCAACAGAUACAACUUCAUCCACAGUGGAAUGGGCAAUGGUAGAAUUACUAAGAAGCCCUGACAAAAAGGAAAAAGCUAGAGCAGAAAUCAGGGAAGUCAUUGGGCAAGGCAGAUCUGUUAAAGAAUCAGACAUCUCAAGACUCCCUUACUUGCAGGCAGUUGUUAAAGAGACUCUACGGUUGCACCCUCCUGCCCCCAUAGUACCUCGCAAAGCUGAUACAGAUAUUGAAGUUGACAGCUACAUCUUGCCAAAAGAUUCUCUAAUAGUGUUCAACCUUUGGGGCAUGGGUAGGGAUUCAAACCUGUGGCUUAAUCCUGAUUCCUUUGUGCCCGAACGAUUCCUGAACUCCGAAAGUGAUGAUAAAGGCCAGCAUUUUAAGCUCACUCCUUUUGGUACGGGAAGGAGAAUUUGUGUUGGAUACGCGCUGGCUCAGCGAAUGCUGCAUCUUAUGCUGGCUUCUCUUCUUCAUAACUUUGAUUGGAAGCUUGAAGAUGGAAUUAAACCAGAAGAUGUGGACAUGAGCGAAAGGCCUGGAUUGACAGUGCAGAAGGCAGUGCCUCUCAUGGCUAUUCCAAUAAGAACAUCAGUUUAA